AUGACAGCUUCCAGAUCAAGCUGUUUGGGUAUCGGCCGGAAAACCUCAGAUGAGACGGCUACGUUUUAUUUCAAGAAUCGGACCAGAUUCAUUAUGCUCGUUCUGGUCACAUUAUGCUUAUCAAUUUGUCAGAGUAAUGUCCUGACAUUGAAUUUCACUAUUAUCUGCAUGGCGGGACCUCCGCUGGAUAUUACUCCCUAUAAUCAGUCCGGUAACAUACAUAGGUCUGGGAAUGGUAGCUACUUUGAGGUAGGGGACUCGGGCCUAGCAGAUUAUGAGUUAGACAUGAGCAAUCGUCCUUAUGUCUAUACAGCCUCGGAAAAAAAUAUGCUUUUCUCUUUUGUCGCUGUGGGGGCUAUGGUAGCCGUGUACCCAUGUAUGCUUCUUAUACAGCGCUUUGGAAGUCGCAACAUUGUUACUAUAUUUGGUUUCUUUUCUGCAUUUUGCACAGCGCUCGUUCCUUUAUGUGCUGAUCUCGGUUUCGCAUGGUUGGUAGUUAUCAGAUUUUUCCAGGGAACUGGCUUAUCACCUGGUUUUACCUUAAUUGGCAUUUUCACUUUACAAUGGAGUAUGAUGAAGCAGAAUGCUUUCUUCAUUGCAGUUCUCACAUGUCUCUUCCAGAUUGGGCCAAUCUUUACUAUGCCCAUAGCUGGCGCUCUAUGCACUUCAUCAUUGGGAUGGCAAUCCGUUUACUAUUUACAUGCUAUUGUAACCUGUAUACUUUACAUAAUAUUCUUAUAUUUCUACAGAGAACUGCCUGACAGACAUCGUCUUGUUUCCGAGAAAGAAAUUGAUAGAAUUAAACGAAUGAAGUCAGAUACAACUAAGAGAGAACCAGUGCCUCUUCGGGCAAUGUUAACUUCUCCAGCGAUUCUCAGUUGUUGGGCUUCCGGUAUUGGUAACUUCAUCGGAAUACAGCUAACCAUGCAAUUUUCACCUACUUAUCUCAAUCGCGUAAUGGGUUUCCCUGUGGAGCAAACAGGCUUAUUCAGUGCAAUUCCACAAAUUGUCACUUUCUGCCUGAAGUUAGUAGCUGGUGUUAUGGCUGAUAAAAUGGUUUGUUGUGCCCCAGUCACUUCGGUCAAAAUUUUCAACUCUCUGGCAAUUGGUGGCAUGGGAAUCUUUUUCUUUAUCGUAGCUUACGUGCCAACAACUGAACCUCUUCUUGCUUUAAUAGUUCUGAUUAUUUGUACGAGUAUUGUGGGUUUCAAUUGUGGAGCGUUUUUCAAAAGUUCAGCGAUCGUUGCUGCGCAACAUAACCAUUUUGUUAUGGGAGUUAACUCGUUCAUCAACUGUGCAUGUGCCUUACUCGCGCCUGUUAUUGUGAAUAUAUUUGUAAAAGAUGAUACAUGGGAUGAGUGGUGGUGGGUAUGGGUUGUGCAUGGAAUUAUACUCACUGUUGUUAAUAUCAUAUUCCUCGUGUUCGGAAAAGGAGAGCCAGCCGAAUGGACGAAAAAGAAAAUUCCUGAUGAUGCGACCGGCAGUACAAUCCCGAGAAUUCUCGAUCCGGAAAGUUCGUGCGAAAGAAUACAAAACUCUUCAUCAGCGAACAAAAUUCAUCCAGAACCCUUAGCAGUUCCAAACGUCGCAGUAAAUCAUGAGGAAAGUCCUGAAACCAUGAUGAGGAAUGUGAAGGAUGUUCACCGUUUUUGA